UUUAAGAAAGUGCUAAUACCACAAUGGAUUCCUUUUUCCCCUUUUUUUUCAGCCCUGUGACUAGUCAUGCUUAAACUUGAAAUAUGGCUGUUCCUUGCAGCAUCUCAACCUCCUAACAGGGCAGAAAAUGUAAAACCAAGGUGUUAAUUUGCAGUUGGGGGUGCAAGGAUCAGGGGUCACCAGAAGAAGAAUUUACCAAAGACUCAUUCACCCAUUGGACUCCAGACUUUGUGGUGAACAUACUGGAUGUGGAAUUGUGAAUCGUUUACAGUCUUUAUUUUUAUUUAUUUAUUUAUUUUUACAUGACAAAGCAGCAAAGGUUGACUUCUGCAUGAAGGUAGGGUAUUUUAUUUUUUCCAAAUUCUUUUAGAUUUGCACCCUGCCACUUUCUAAAGGUUGGAAUGUAGAAAAAAAUGAUGUGGGACUACCCUGUGUUUUGAUCCUUUGUCGAUACUAUUUUAUAAGAUGAUCAGGGCCGUAUUAACAUCAGUUUGAAUCCAAAGCCUUUGUUUUAUGUUUUAAGUUGAUAGUAACAGUUACAAAGAUUAAAAUCUGUCAAGAAUGUUUUAUUUGAUAUGAAUGUUAUUUCUAAAAGUACCUUGCUUGAAGGCAAUGUUCCUGUAGCUUUGAAUUUACUUUCUCAUUUAACUUUCAUGUCUUCUUGGCACAGAUGCUUGUCCUCCCUGCUGCCAUUUUACUGGGGACUUUUGGAUUCAUAUUGAAUGUGGAAGCAAGCAAGUGUCCUCGAGUGUGUAGUUGUGACAGCACCAAGCUCACAGUGGCCUGCGUCGGCAAGAACCUUACUGAGGUUCCGCUGACUAUCGACGAGAUCACAGUCAAAUUGGACCUGAGGAAUAACAACCUGCAGGUGCUGCAAAGGGGAGGUUUUGUGCACGCCCCUUACCUCACUCACCUCAACUUACAGCGAUGCAACAUCGUCAAGGUGAAGGAGGGGGCUUUCCGCAUGCUGGGCCGCGUAGUCUCCCUAAACCUGGCGUACAACAAAAUUUACAUCCUAUACCAGGAGUCUUUUGACGGCCUCUCCUCUUUGAAGGAGCUUCAUCUGGACCACAAUCAUGUUGAGGAGAUCCAACCUGGAGCCUUCUUGCAACUUGGCUCACUAAACAUGCUGGCUCUCACCCACAACCAGCUGGUCUACAUCCCCAACAUGGCCUUCCAGGGCCUGCAACACAUCAAGUGGCUUCGUCUCAGCCAUAACUCCAUCAACAACUUGGCUCCUGAGGCGUUUGCAAGCUUGUUCACACUCACUCGCCUCAGUCUGGACCACAAUGAGCUGCAGUUCUUUCCCACUCAAGCCAUGACCAGACUCAAGGAGCUAACGCGCCUGAACAUGAGCCACAACCGCAUGAUCUACCUCGGCGAAGAGUCAGUCUCUAUGGCAAAGCUCACACACUUGUACCUCAGCCACAUGUCCCUCCAAGACUUGUCAGACCAAGCCUUGUCCCAAGCCCCUCUGCUCUCCCACUUGGACCUGAGUCACAACCAGCUGCGUUACCUGGAGCCUCUCACGGGCCCCAAGAAUCUUGUCAGCCUCAACAUCACUGCAAACCCCAUCUACUGUAGCUGCUACAUGAGGCCCCUAAAGAACUGGGCGAGUGUUGGUGGUGUCAAGCUGCUCGGAACGUGUGCAGGACCUCCUCACCUGUCCGAUGAGCCGCUUCGAGACGUGGCGGCCAUAAACAUGCGUUGCCGUAGGAGGGGGGACCCACUGAAGGACGAGUUUGAGGAGGAAGUGACUGCAGUUAGCAGCCCACCGACACCCAAACCCAAACAGAAAGUCAAGUGUCCAGUUAACUGUGACUGUCACAUUCAAGCACAGCAUGCUACAUGUGAGAACCGAGGUCACACCAAAGUUCCGCGAGGCUUCCCUGCCAAAACUCAAUUGCUGGACCUUCGCCGCAACCACUUCCACAACCUUCCUGCCAACUGUUUUCCAGCCACCGGCCAAGUUAUUUCUCUCCACCUGGAAUUCUGCAAAAUGCACGAGAUUGAAGGUGGCGCAUUCCGAGGAAUGAAAAACCUGUUUUAUUUGUAUCUUUCUGACAAUGACCUCACAUCCUUGGGGCCAGAAACCUUCACUGGAGCCCCUGAGCUCAGUUACCUUUACCUAGAAGGAAAUCGUUUGGUACAGUUUCCUGGUUCAGCUCUGCUACACUUACCAAAUCUGUUUGCAUUACACCUGGAGCGUAAUGCCAUUUCAAAACUGGUGCCUACGGGUCUGCUCUCUUCAGUAACCCCAAAACUAAGAGAGCUUUACUUGACCAAUAACACCAUACGCACAAUUGCCAAGGGGGCUUUGGACUUUGCCGUACUUGGUAAACUUCACCUGGAUUUAAAUAAGAUGACAAACAUUCCGACUGCUGCUUUAUCCAACGCCCUCAAUCUAGAGGAGCUCAACCUGUCUCAAAACCGGAUUCUCUCAGUGGGGCCAAAUGCAUUCCGGCCUAUUUCCCAAAGUCUGAAGUGGCUGUACAUGGACCAGAUGAGCACUGAGAGGAUGUCUAGGGACGCUCUGGCCGGGCUUGGCCCGGGACUGAAGGCGCUCACUGUGAGAGGAAACCAGCUGAAGCAACUUCCCGACUUGGGCUCGCUCACUGGCCUGGAGGUGGUUGACCUUCAAGACAACCCACUGUUGUGUGAUUGUACUUUGUUGCCGCUGCGCAGGUGGAUGGAGAAUGUGAGUUUGGAGGUUGACGCUACCUGUGGCCACCCUCCUGAGCUCAAAGGUCGGAAGGUCAGGGAAUUGGAGCUAUUCAAGUCCUGUCCAGAGAACAGCUCCAACACAGACAGAAGGCGUGUUGUUGUUGUGGCGCCGGUAAAAGUCAAGAAACAAAAACUAAGUCUUGUGAAGACUUCUGGAGUCAAGACUAAACCGGAAAGGAACAACACAAAGCGACCCAAGCCAACAAAGAAAAAGCCUCAAAGGAAACCUGCCGUAGCAACGGUGGCCAAAAAGAAGAAACUGAUAAAAACAUAAAACAGAUCAGCUUGGCUAAAUUUUCUGCAAUGGGCAUGUUACAGUGACAUGUGAAAAUGAUUGUUUCAUGUACAAAAUGCUAACCGCGUGUAUGGAACGCACUGUUUGCUUCUGGAAUGAAUAAAUGCAAAACGGGUGUCAAACGUUUUUGUUGCAUUCCCUCAGAGCAGUGAUUCCCAACCCUUAUUAAGCCAAAACACAUUUUACCUUAGAAAAAUCUCA